AUGUAUAGGUUUGUAGAGAUCCUCCUCCUCCCUGCACAGUUCGUCUUUCUCACAGGGACCCUACCCUUCUCUUAUGAGGUUGAGCUUAAGGAGACCCUAAAGCUAGAGUCUCUUAGUGUCAUAAGGGCCCCUACAAGUAGAGGGGACAUCUCUUACAACACGAGGGUCUACUCCUCCCUAAGCAAGGAGGAUCAUGUAGAGGAGGUGAGGUCUUAUGUUGAGUCUUAUAGGCUUAAGCUAAGGGGCUUAAGUGAUAAGAUCCUCAUCUUCUGUCCUACCAUCUCCUCUAUAGUGGAGAUGGGUGAUGCUAUAAGCUGUCCUGUCUACUACUCCUCUUUGAAGGGGAAGGAGGAGGUCCUUCAGGACUUCUUGCAAGAGGAUAGCCUUUAUAGUAGAGUGCUAGUAAGUUCUAGUGCCCUAGAGGAGGGGCUAGACUACUCUAGCAUAAGGCUUGUCGUGUACAAGGACUCCUCAUACUCCUUCCUUAGCUUCCUGCAAGGGAGUGGUAGGGGCGGGAGGGAUGGCAAGAAGUCUGCAUCUAUGUUCUUCUAUAGCAAGGGUGAGGAGGAGGACAGGGCUAGCGACUCUCUAGACCGCUCUACUCUUAGAAAGUAUCUUAGAGAGGGCGUGUGUAAGAGGAGGGUCAUUGCCUCCUUCCUAGACAACACCUUCAUAGACAAGUGCUCUAAGGAGGAGGAGCCUUGCUCAUGCUGCCUUAGUAGGCAGCAGACCUUCUCCUCUACUAUAAGUGCUAUAAAGUCUUCUAGCAUGUACGUAGAGCGGAAUAGGGAGGAGUUUAAGGCAAGGAUUAAGGAGCUCUCUUCUUCUUGCAUCUACUGUUCCCUACUACAGAAGCCCCUAGGCCAUAUUACCUUUGAGUGUCCCUUAAGUAAGGAGAUUAACAAGGCUGAGUGGCCUAUUGCCUGCUCUAUUAAAGAUAGGAAGAAGAUGCUAUUAAAGGAUGAUAGCUGUUGCUUCUCUUGCUUCCUCCCUACUACAAUCUGUAGUACAAUAAAGAGGGAGCAAAGGGGGGUCCUUGCUUGCUACAACCUUAAGUUUGUCACGAGGGUCAUAAGCUUGUUUUGGCAUAAGCAAGAGGAGUUAGGGAUCAAGGAGAGGUUUGCCAUUACCUCGACCCCUAAGCACUACAACUCCUUCCUCCCUAUCUUCUUCACAAAGGUCUUCUUGAAGGACUUAGACACUGAGGGCAUCCUGGGUGUUAAGGUCCUCUUAGAGCUCCUUUGUGAGUAG